AGAGAGAGAGCGCGCGCAAGCCCCAAAGUGAGCGAGAUGUCCCUGUGGGGAGCAGUCCCCCUGCACCCCAGAGCAAGGAGGACGCAGGGGUCAGAGGUGGCUGCAGGGCCAGUAGGGGAGGCACCUGUGGAGGGUGGAGGGCUGGUGGCCCAGGGACCGUCAGGAAGGGAGGCCAGCUGGUGACCCGAGAGCCCAGAGGCAUCUGGGGCCGUGGGUGAGAGCCCGGAAGAGUUCAGCCAUGCCACACAGCUCCGACAGCAGCGACUCCAGCUUCAGCCGCUCUCCUCCCCCUGGCAAGCAGGACUCCUCUGACGAUGUAAGAAAAGUUCAGAGAAGAGAGAAAAAUCGCAUUGCAGCUCAGAAGAGCCGACAGAGGCAGACACAGAAAGCUGACACCCUGCACUUGGAGAGUGAGGACCUGGAGAAGCAGAACGCAGCUCUGCGCAAGGAGAUCAAGCAGCUCACGGAGGAGAUGAAGUAUUUCACGUCGGUGCUGAGCAGCCACGAGCCCCUUUGCUCGGUGCUGGCCACCGGCACCCCCUCGCCCCCCGAGGUGGUCUACAGCGCCCAUGCCUUCCACCAGCCUCACGUCAGCUCCCCGCGCUUCCAGCCCUGAGCUUCCGGACCAGGGGAGAGCACAGCUCCCCACCCCUGAUGUCCGCAGGCCUCAGGAGGGACACCCGGACUGUGGCGAGGCUGCCCUUGUCCCUCAGAGCCAACUCUCCACCUGGAGACCCAGUGACAGAGCCCCAGGCGGGGACUGGACACAAGGACAGAGGGGUGAGAGGCCUCCCAGCAGGUGGCAGCCAGCCUGUGUGUGCUGGACCUCCAAGCGGGUGGAGGCCCGAGGCAGUGAUGAAAAGGAAG